AUGACUAUAUCAUCUACAAAAAGCAUGCCUCUCGGUGUUAGCUCUUGGAUGUGUUCCGUGAGUACAUCCAAGAUUAAGGUAAAAAGUAGUUAUAGAUUCUACCCGUAUUUUAAGGAUUGUGUUGGUGCAAUUGAUGGAACACAUAUACGUGUCAAAGUAUCUGCAAAAGAUGCCCCUAGAUAUCGCGGUAGGAAAGACUAUCCGACACAAAAUGUUUUAGCAGCAUGUACUUUUGAUUUAAAGUUUACUUAUGUGCUCGCGGGAUGGGAAGGGUCUGCCUCUGACUCUAGAAUAAUAAAGAAUGCAUUAACACGUGAAGAUAAACUUAAAAUUCCUCAAGGAAAAUAUUAUCUUGUCGAUGCUGGAUUCAUGUUGACAAGUGGCUUAAUUACGCCUUAUAGAGGAGUUCGGUAUCACCUGAAAGAAUAUUCCGCUAGAAAUCCACCCCAAAAUUCUAAAGAGUUGUUUAAUCUUCGACAUUCGUCUUUACGCAAUGCAAUUGAAAGAGCCUUUGGUGUAUUGAAAAAAAGAUUUGAGAUUUUAUCUAAUUCAACAGAGCCAAAUUAUGGAGUCAAAGCUCAAAAAUUAAUCAUUUUUGCAUGUUGCAUUCUUCACAAUUAUCUGAUGAGUGUAGACCCGGAUGAAGACCUUAUAGCAGAAGUAGAUGCUGAACUUGCAAAUCAAAAUGUAUCGCAUGACAAUCAUCAAGGUUCAAGAAGUGACAGAGAUGAGCUUGCUAUGGGCGGGUUUAUGGAAUCGAAUAAGCAAUUACCAAUUAAUAAUGGUAAUUCUGGAACUUUAACUUGGAAUAGAGCCAUGGAUGAUGCUCUUGUUGAUGCUUUUAUGCAUGAAUAUGAAAAGGGGAACAAAGUCAACGGUACAUUCACUACAUCAGCAUAUGAAAACAUUGCAGCUGAACUCCGUGCAUUAUUUGGGAACAAAAUUGACAAGCUGAAGAUAAAAAACCGUUGGAAAACUUUGAAAAAAAACUUUACUGAAUAUUAUGACAUUUUUAAAGGCGGUAUGAGCGGAUUUUCUUGGAAUUCAACUACACAAUUAUGGGAUGCCGAGUCAGAAGUUUGGGAUGCUCUAAUUGAGUCAAAACCAAAAGCAUCAAAUUGGAGAAAUGUACCACUUCCAAAUUAUGAGAAGAUGGUGAUACUUUAUGGACCUAAUCGAGCGGAUGGAGAGGAAUCUGGUACUUUAAAAGAGACAAGAAAACAAAAGUCAUCGGUCACCAAUGAAGACUUUGUCGAAACUAUUCAAGAUAUUGAUGACCAUGUUGCCCGAAAUGAGGUGAAUUUGGAAAGCUUUGAUGUUGGUUACGAUUUUUCUGUACCUGAAACACAGUCACCAGAUCCGUUAAGUGGGAGUAAAAGGAAGAAAAUGAAAGUGGUAAAAAACAAAGAUACAAACAACGAUAUUACUGAACUCCAAGAAUCAAUUGUCUUGGUUGCAAAUGCACUAACCGAAGGAAAUGCUGCAAUACGAGAAGGAAAUGAAAUAAUGAGAGAGCGCCAGAAAUAUGAAUUGCCUCCAAUUUCAGGGGAAGAAACAUGGAAUUUAAUAAAGGAGUGUGGAUGUGAUGCAAAGUCAUUGCCGCAAAUAUAUUGCACUGUAAUGAAAGAUGCUGACAAACUUAGGAUGAUUCUCCAGUGUCCACCUGAAGCCCGCAAAGCAGUGAUAAUGCAAAUGGUCUUUGGCUCAUCUGAUUGA